CAGCGUCGUGGAUAUUCCUGGUGCUGGGGGGUUGUUUCGUCUCAUCUGCUUCUUCUUCGGUUUGUGUGGGUGAGAGAUGAUAACAGGCAUUUCCAAGAAAAGGCAACGUGUCGGAAGCAGCAGCCGCAUCUCCUCUUCUUCCUCUUCCUUCCCCGACACCGACGGAACCCUAACCGAAUACCCCAAACCCCCGUUACCUCUCCUCCGUUCCGUACCUGGCGGUUUCAAUGAUCCUCUCACCUCUGACGUCAUCCUCCGCCUCCAGUUCGAUUCCUCUCCCUUCGAUCCCGACCCCAAACCCUCCUUCACCGAUGUCGACGACCACUCCCCCAUCGACCUCCAUCUCCACUCCAACGCCCUUCGUCGAUCCAAGUACUUCGCCGCCCUUCUUUCUGAUCGCUGGCAGACCAUAUCAAACGGUCCAGAUGAUCCUGACUCGAUGCUCCGUCUAAAUCUUAAGAUUCCUGCGUCCGUCGGCUCUAUGGACCCUCAUCUGACGGUUCUGCAGCUCCUCUACUCGGACGAUUUCUGUGGCACCAUCAUCAGUGCCGCCGUUGCUUUGGCUGUCCUCCCUGUUGCGCUCCAGCUCCUAUUUGAUGAUUGCAUCCAUGCCUGUGUUCAGUUCCUGGAGGCCGUUCCCUGGAGCGAGGACGAAGAAAAUGCCGUUCUUGGCAUAAUCCCAUUGCUCGGGCAUAAAGAGUCUCAGGACCUGCUCGCCCGGGUCUCACCACCCGGCCGGGACUCGUCCGAAGAGAUGCUUCACCGGCUCGUCAUGGCCUCGAUCGGGAACCACCCAAAUGUGGCAUCUGUGAAGGUCAAGGCUUUUGUGGCGAAAAUGCUGCGGGACUUCCCGUCGAGGGACCCAGUGCGGCGGGUCUUCGAUCGGGCGUUCCGGACGAGCUUGAAGACAGUGAAGGAAUCACUUGAGAAGUACUCGAGCCCAGAUUUCAGGGGGGAUCAUGAUGAGACAGAGGCGAUCCAGCGGUUGAAUCUGCACACAGCGGUAUACCAUGGCAAGGAUCUGUUGUGGCUCGUGGAGAGGAUGAUUGAACUGAGAAUUGCAGAUACGGCAGUGAAGGAGUGGAGUGAGCAGACAGCAUUCGUGGCGGAUUUGCAGAGGGCAUUCCAGGAUGACACUUGGAGGAAUAUUGCACCGGGCUUGCCAGCUCUUGUGCUCCGGUGCACAGGACGCCUUGCGGAGGCUGUUGCUGCUGGUUCAAUUUUGGCUGCACGAGAGGUAAGAUUGAAGCUCGUAAGUGUUUGGCUUCCAGUGUUGAUCGUUUGCAGAGAGAAGAAUGUUUCGCCUAUACCUUCGGGUCAGAAACAGCUAUAUCAGGAAUUGGAAGAGACAUUCCUGAAGAUAAUAUCCACGCUACCCAUGUCGGAUGCUGAGUUAUUGCUGCAUCACUGCCUCAGCUUUGCCACCCGCAAUGUUGAAGACUGCCCACACCUUGUCUCAGCUUUCAAUACGUGGUUCCGUCGGGCUACUCGACCCCCACAUGAUGACAGUGCCAGUUGAAGGAGACCCUGGCUGUUCGCUUGGUUAUCUCGGGCCGUUGCUUUUGUGCUGCACCUGUAAUAUCAGAUCCAGGACUAUCUGUUGACUUCAUGUGAACGGGCGAAAAUUGUGUAUACUGUAAAUUUGACUGCCUUCUAUAUGUGCAUGUAUCCAACUAAUGUAUGUUUCUCGUCUAUGAAAGCUAUGCUUUUGUGAUGCU